UAUCUUAAAUACACUUAAGGUUAAACCGCCUACAAGAAAAGAUGACGCUUUAGAUAUAUUUAGACGUACCUACUUACACUAAAAUAUUAUAUUCAGCGGAAACGUUUAUAGGGAUUAUUAUAAUAUGUGAUACGAUAAUUAUUGUAAUACAAAUCUUUAAUGAUUAUAUAAAUACACACGAUUACGGUUUCUGUGCUUCUUCGAGUAUUUUGAAACCAUAAACCGAAAAAUACAAAUUAUGCUGAAAGGAACAUGAAAAGAAAAUGUAAAAGCAAAUUUUUUACGUGUCUAUGCAGUGCGGGAAUAAACUUCAUCGCAUCCUAUUGCUACAAACUACAAUUCUUUUAUCGUAAUAAGUUCUGUCAAGUUAUAUUUGGAUAGUAGUACUGCGAUAGGUCACAGCAUCGGGUACAUCUGCCGUUUAAUCUAAUAUUCUUCAUCUGCCUCCAUUGAUACCCGACGUCCUCAUGCGACUGACAUUUCAUUUUUUUUUCAAACUAUCAUGUCGACAGUCGUUUCGGCCAGUGAAGCUGAAUUGGGUCAUGCCGAUCAUUUUCACUUACUCGAUGAAACAUGAUAUCGAAUAUUGCAUUAUCGAUGACCGAAUUGUAACUUAUAACCUGCCAGUCAUUAAUUAUGGAAAUAAUUUGAUCGUAAUAAUUCAUUUAGGAUUCAGAUCUCACACUCCUAAAGUAAACAUGAUGUGGUGGGCCCUGUGGUGCGCUAUGGUGGUGGCCGGAGUCGCGGGCGCGGCGGCAGCGCCAGCACCUGACUCCCUGUCUCCCCUCGACAUGGUACAAAUGGACUCCUCUGCACCCGAUGACGAGACUCUUGGCUACGCGAUGUCGCCGAUGGCUGCGCGCUACUCCGGCGGCGCACCCUGGCUGUACCUACUCGCCGACGUACCCCGAGACUCUCAGACCGGCAGUGGUCGGGUGAAGCGGCGCAUGCCAUCGCUGUCCAUCGACCUGCCGAUGUCGGUGCUGCGCCAGAAGCUGAACCUCGAGAAGGAGAGGAAGAAUCACGCACUCCGCGCAGCUGCCAACAGGAACAUCUUGAACGAUAUCGGGAAACGAGGUUUCCAGUGGUCCCCGUCGAUGCAAGCGAUCAGAUACUUCUAAAAGCUAAAUUUCGCCAACCAAGAAAUGCCUCCCUGCAUAGACGAUUCCCGAAUCCUACGGUUCUGUAUACUCUUAAGCCACAUUGAAGUAUUCUACAUAGCAUGUUACAUGUUGCGUACAAGUAGUAUCGUAGAAACGUCAUAGAAUAUGUUUAAACAGUAGACUAUCGUAAAAAUAUUAAAGCAGUUUUUCUGAAGCAAUUUCCAAGAAAAUUAGGUUCAAUUAUUUGUACGAACAAGUAUUUUGUUCGUUCAGACAAUUAAAAGAACGGAAGAAAAAAGACUACUCUCAAAUUCAGCUUAAAUAUUUUUACGAUUAUAGAAAAAUCAUAUUGUAAUCUAUGUAUUCGCUAUCAUAAUUAUAUUCUGUGUAAAGUACAAAUUAUAAUAUUGUUUCCUAGAUUAAAUUGUGUUCUAAUGUAAUUAAUUUAUUCUAUAGAAUUUAGAUGUUAAACCUAUUGUGAAAGAUACCUAUGACCUUUAAUCGCAUUGUGGAUUCAUUUAAGCUGUUACUGCAAACGUUUACAAUUAGUAAAUCUAAUUUGCAUCUCAAUUGUGUUAUAGAAGCAUUAAAUUAUGCAAUAAAAGUCUUAAAGGCCUCCAGUUGUUUCAUUUACACAAUCAUCCCCACUAAGACCUAAUUUAUAUAUUAAUUAAUAAGUGUAACUCUAUAUUUUAAUCAUUUUUCAAAAGCCUUUUCUAACUUUGUGUUGCAAUUAGCAAUAAUUCCUGCUUUUAAGAGACUUCACACGCUGUUACCCUGUCUCAUAUUUAAUAAAGACCCGACCUAUUUUGGUACAACUUACAAGGCUUUACAACGAUACAAUAUAUUUUACAGUAGUACGUGGUAAUUGGUACAUUAAUAUCUAGGACGUAAAACGUUUUAUAUUUGCCACAAAUUUGCCGCUGUGCUGUUAACAUAUAUCGUUUCAAAAUGUAGUGAGAUUACAGUAACAAUUUGGGCACAAGAGUUACAACAAGGACUUAGAGGUGUACAAACAUGAAACAUUGACAUUAUUUCUCAUCUCUACGCAAAUAUCUACAUAAAAUAUUUUUACAAGAAAAUAAAAUAUUUUAUUUUUAAUUUAGUGUAUAUCUUCAAAUUACGAAAUUUGCUAGCCAGUUAUUUUAUUUUCUCAUAAUUAUCC